CGCGGGUGAGGUUAAGACGGAGGGAAACCGAUUUGAGAUGCGGGGGAAACGCCCCUAAGGCCUAAGCCCAGGUUUAGUUUUGUACCGUGUACUUCGCUGUUAACAAUCACGACCUCUUAUUAUUCUCUGUUCAUUCGUUUGAAUCCGUUUCUUUAUUUUCUAUAUUAAAACCUCCAAAAUGCAACCUGCAAUUCAGAAAGAGGGGUUCACACUGUUUUAGAUUCUGAACCGAUCGAACCCAAUUUCCCCUCUCUUCUCUCCAAAUAGAGGGUUGCAUUUUCCCAAGCAACCCCACAACAAAAAAAGAAAAGGGAAGAAACUGCUUCAUAUAGCUUUGAUUUUCAUCUGGGUUUCCCUUUUUUUCUUCCUUUGAUCCCUUUUUGUUGUUAUCCCCUUACCCCCAUUACCGAUUUUUGAAGGUCCGGUUUCGAUAUGGAGGUGGAGAAGAAGUACAUUACCUCUGAGGAGCUUCUCAAGCACAACAAACCAGGAGAUCUAUGGAUCUCUAUUCAGGGUAAGGUUUAUAAUGUCACAGAAUGGGCUAAAGAACAUCCUGGUGGUGAUACGCCUUUUCUCAAUUUAGCGGGUCAUGAUGUUACCGAUGCAUUCAUCGCUUAUCAUCCUGGCACCGCUUGGGCGUAUUUAGACCGCUUGUUCACUGGAUUUUAUCUCAAGGAUUUUCAGGUCUCGGAGGUUUCUAAGGACUACAGACGGCUUGCUUCUGAAUUUUCUAAACAAGGUUUGUUUGAGAAGAAGGGGCAUGUUACUAUGUAUUCUUUGAUUUCUGUUGCUGUGAUGAUGUUUCUUGUGGUUUAUGGGGUUUUGAAAUCUGAGAGUGUUUUGGUUCAUUUGGUUUGUGCUUUGAUUUUGGGUAUGCUUUGGAUCCAAAGUGCUUAUGUGGGUCAUGAUUCUGGACAUUCUAAUGUAAUGUCAAGCCGUGGAUUUAACAAAUUGGCUCAAAUUUUGUCUGGGAAUUGCUUGACGGGGAUUAGUAUAGCCUGGUGGAAAUGGACUCAUAAUGCUCAUCAUAUCUCUUGCAAUAGCCUUGACCAUGAUCCAGAUCUUCAACACAUCCCAGUUUUUGCUGUUUCUGCUAAAUUCUUCCGGUCUUUGACAUCUCAUUUUUAUGGUAGGAAGUUGAAGUUUGAUGGCUUGGCUAGAUUCUUCGUUAGUUACCAGCAUUUCACAUUUUACCCUGUGAUGUGUGUGGCUAGAGUGAAUCUCUUUGUGCAGACAUUGUUGCUCUUGUUUUCCACUAGGAAAGUCCCUGAUAGAGCAUUGAACAUAAUGGGGAUUUUUGUGUUUUGGACAUGGUUUCCUCUUCUGGUUUCCUAUCUCCCUAAUUGGUCUGAGAGGGUCAUGUUUGUUCUUGCAAGUUUCGCUGUAUGUUCUCUUCAGCACAUCCAAUUUUGUCUCAACCAUUUCUCGGCUAAUGUUUAUGUUGGGAAGCCCACUGGGAAUGAUUGGUUUGAGAAGCAAACAAGUGGGACUUUGGAUAUCUCUUGUUCUACUUGGAUGGACUGGUUUUUUGGUGGAUUGCAGUUUCAGCUAGAGCAUCAUUUGUUUCCAAGGAUGCCCAGAUGCCAGUUGAGGAAAAUCUCUCCAAUUGUAGUGGAACUUUGCAAGAAACACAAUCUUCCUUACAGAAGUUUGUCAUUUUGGGAUGCUAAUGUUCGCACCAUAAAAACUCUUAGAACAGCUGCUUUGCAGGCUAGAGAUUUGACCAACCCUGUUCCUAAGAACUUGCUUUGGGAAGCUGUGAACACCCAUGGAUGAAGAUGAAGAUGAAGAUGAAGUUGAAGAUGAGGUCAGAUCUUUCAUAGUUCUUAUCUAGACUUCUCGAGCAUGGUAGCAAGUUCUUCUUUUGAUUUUUUUUUUCUCUAGUUUGUUUUAUUUUUGGUGGGCUUACUGUUAUUUUUCAUAUUUUGGGCCUCUUAGGAUAUGUCUGAAAUGCUCUAAACACUAUAUUUUGCUUCCUCUUGUUGGUUCUUUUAUUUGAUUAUUACAAAGUUGCUUUGAAUUCUCUCUGCUGAAACUUCUGAAUUGAUGAAAAAUGCUAUAUAAAAUCCAACCCAAUCCCAUGGUCUGGGUUUCUUUGAA